CUCAGCAGGGGUCGGGGUGGGCCCCGAGAGCAGUGGCAAGAAGGCUGCCCGGGGUUUCGGGCUGGGGGCGGAGGCGGAGGCGGCCGCCGCGCUCUGGCACCGGAGCCUUCGGAGGGUGUGCGGAGCCUCGCCGCCCAGGUGAGAGCAAGAAGCCCCGAGAUCGGUCCCGGGCUUGUCCGCGGGUACCCAAAGCGCCCUGACCAGGCUGGCCUGGGCCGGGACUGAAGGUCCAGGACUCCUGACUGUCCCUGAGCAGUGUCUAGACCGCACGCUGCAGCCCCGCACUUCGAGACCCCAGCACAAAGACGGGGAGGGGCCGGGUCAUGUUCACUCGGUGCCCACAGCUCCACCGCAGAGGAUGCUGCCAACUGACUAGCGCACCCCUCGAGAGCCACGCCCGCCUCGGGACUUGGGUUUGGACUCCCCAAAAGAAGGGGGUGGCGCGACCACUCCCACUCCGUGCAUGAUGUGAGAUGCGCCCAACUCGCCCCAACUUAUACAACUUCCGAAGACCUGUGACCGAAACCAGGGGUGUGACGAUCCAGGCCCUUAGAGGAAGAGGCAGUUCUGUUGAGAAACUUUGGCAUUCUAGGGACUCCAGUUAGCGACUGAUGGAAAGCUAACCUUUACCAAGUCGUUGAGAGGUUGGACAACUUGUGUGGUUACAAAAUAGCUCCAGAGAAUGGAGGGACCCUUUCAGCACUAGGCACUUUGAUCACCUGUUGUCCAUAGGAGAGUUAGACUUUUGUAAUGUGCAGCUACCGAAAAACAAUGGACAUUGACUUACUUAAGUAAAGUCUGAGAAAAAGAGACCAUUCCCCAGUCGUACUGACCCGGAGAUGGGCACUGAAAGUGAUGCCUCCAGCGAAACAGAGUGUGUAUAUCAUUACAGGGGUCAAAUAGGGAGUUCUUUCCUAGCUCAGCUCACUGAAGAUCCAGGCCUAGCCCUAGAGGAGAGCAUGGAGCCACAAGCAAUGACCCCUGACAACUGGAAGACCCCAUCCCAGCAAUCAGUGACAUAUGAGGAUGUGGCUGUGGACUUCACCCAAGAGGAGUGGUACCUCCUGGACCUUUCUCAGAAGGCUCUCUACAGGGAUGUCAUGCUGGAGACAUACCAGCAUUUGCUCUCUCUAGGGCUUCCAGUUCCUAAGGACCGAGGGGAAGCACCAUGGAUAUUGGAAGAAUACCAAAGGAAAUCCUGUCUAGAUGAGGGAACCAUACCUCAGACCAAGGAAACUUCUCCAAAGCUGAGUAUUUCCUGUGAUUUCAAUUUGAAAGAAUCCUGGCAUUGUGAUAUCAAGCUAGAGAAGAGGCAACAUAACUGGGGGAGUCCUUCCAGACAAUUGAAAAUGAUCCUCAGGAAAACUCCAGGUGAAGAGAGAGAUGAUGCAUAUAAUAAAUUUAAGAGGAAUUCAACCCUUUCUGUCCACAGAGUUCCCAUAGGGAAGAUUCACCAUGAAUAUGACAAAAGUCAAAAGAGCUUCAGACAAUAUUCCAACCUAAUUCAAUGUAAGAAAUUCACCUCAGCGAAUAGACAUUCCAAAUAUAGUGAAUGUAGGGGCUGCUUUAAAGAGAAGAUAGAACUCAUUCAGUGUCAGGAGAAGCAUGUGGGAGUGAAAGUUCAGGAUAAUCACUGUGAGACAACUUUCAAUUUGAUCCCAGACUUUAUUAGUCAUCAGAAAAGUCUUCCUGGAGAAAUGCCUUCUAAAUGUAAUGAAGAUGGCACAGGCUUCAUCCAUCACUUAUCUCUUAGUUUACAUCAGAAAGCUCAUGUUAGAGAGAAAUUGCAUGAAUGUAAUCAAUGUGGGAAUACCUAUUUUCAAAGAGUAGAUCUUAUAAAAACUCAGAAAAUUCACAGACCAGAAAAGCUUUGUAAAUGCAAUAAAUUUGGGAAGGCUUUCCCCCAGGGAUUACCCCUUAUUUCACCUCAGAGGAUUCAUUCUGGAGAGAAACUUUACAAAUGUAAUCAUUGUACAAAGGUUUUCAGAAAGCCCUCCCAACGUGCAGUACAUCAGAGGAUUCACACUGGAGAGAAGCCCUAUAAAUGUAAUGAAUGUGGGAAGGACUUCAGAUGGAGGGCAAACUUUAUCAUACAUGAGAGGAUCCACACUGGAAAGAAACCUUACAUAUGUAAUCAGUGUGGAAACGUUUUCCAGAAGCCUUGUAACCUUGCUGAACAUCUGAAGAUUCACACUGGAGAGAAGCCAUAUAAAUGUAAUGAAUGUGGGAAAGCCUUCAUUCAAAGAGCAAAGCUUAUUGUACAUGAGAGGAUUCAUACUAGAGAGAAACCUUACAAAUGUAAUCAUUGUGGAAAGGCUUUCAGACAUUCCUCCCAUCUUGCUGUGCAUCAGAUGAUUCAUACUGGAGAAAAGCCUUAUACAUGUGAUGAAUGUGGAAAGGCCUUCAGACAGAGCUCAUCCCUUAUGGCACAUCACAGGAUUCAUUCUGGAGAGAAGCCCUAUACAUGUAAUGAAUGUGGAAAGGCCUUCAGACAGAGAUCAUCCCUUAUGGCACAUCACAGGAUUCAUUCUGGAGAGAAACCCUUUAAAUGUAAUGAAUGUGAGAAGGCCUUCAGCCAGAAGUCAUCCCUUAUGGCACAUUAUAGGAUUCAUUCUGGAGAGAAUCCCUAUACAUGUAAUGAAUGUGGGAAAUCCUUCAGCUGGAGUGCAAAUCUUGUUGCACAUCAGAGAAUUCACACGGGAGAGAAGCCCUAUAAAUGCCAUGAAUGUGGGAAGACCUUUACUCGGAAGUCUUUUCUUACUGUACAUGAGAGAAUUCAUACUGGACUGAAACCUUGAGGCUAUGUGAAGUGGAAAUACUUUCAACUGGAGAGAAGACCUUAAAAGAUACCAGAAAAUUCUAAUUGUUCAUGAAGUUAUAAGACGUAAUGAAUUAAAUAAAAAUUCUCAUGUUCACCAUUUUUUGCUACACAAUAAUAUUCUAGCAUAUUCAUAGACCAUAAAUCUUCAGCCAUUCCUCAAUUGAUCGGCAACCUCUUUAUCUGAUGUGCUGACUACAACAAAAAUUGCUGCUGUUAAUAUGUUAAUAUAUAGUGGACCUUUUAAUCUUACUUAGACUGUGAACAAAAAACUAUGAAUAUUUUGAUUAUUUUUCUUGGACAGUUCCUUUAGGUUGGUUUUUUUUUUUUAGUAAAAUGUGGGUUGG